CCCCGAUGUUCUUACUCUCCUCCCCGGUCCCUCACAAGUAUUGUGGCGCCCUGCCGCCUCCUAUCCCCAAUGCCUUGCCCUAACCUGUGGUUUCCUACGAUUCGGUAUGGGCUUUCCUCCCCCCUCCCCCCCUCCCCCCCCCAGGAGGUGCAGUGGGAGCUGCGCUACCUUGAGGGCAUGCAGGACGCGGACGGAGGGGUGUUCUGUGUCGUCAAACCCAACACAACGGCGGGAGAGUACUAUGAGGACCACCUACCGUGCCUCACCCCCGGCCGGGACGACUGCAACUUCGCGGCGGGGGACCCGCGCAGGGGGCCGCGCAUCGCCUGGCCCAAGGACACCACGUGCACCGCCCAGUUCGCCGCCGCUAUGGCUCGCGCCGCCCGUUCGCCCUGGCUGCUCAAGCUGCGGCCCGACGACGCGGCACGCUACCUGGCCCGCGCCCGCGCCGCCUGGGACUACCUGGCCGCGCGGGCGCCCUUUGGCGCGCUGUGCUACCACUUCUACGGCUGCAUGGGAACAGUGGAUGCGACGGAGGCAGUGCGGCCAGCCUGGGAGAAGGCGUACGCGUGCUACGACUCCAAGGGCGACCAGUCCCAUGACGAGCGCGUGUGGGCGGCGGUGGAGCUGUACGCCGCCACCGGCGAGGCGGCCUUCCACUCCUACUUCACGCAGCGGCACUGCCCGCGCUACCGGCGCUGGGGCUGGCAGGCGCUGCCCUUCAGCUACGGCCCCGCCACCGUGGCGUAUGCGCAGCUGGCGGCGGCGGCGGGGAGCGGGGAGCAGGGGGCGCUGGCGGUGGACCCGCUGGUGGCUCAGCGCUGUCUGGACGAGCUAGCUGCGGUGGCUCGGGGACACAUGGAGGAGGCCAAGUCAAACGCCUACCGCCUAGCGGUGCCCGCCCGCACCUUCCGCAUCUUCGGCUACGGCUGGCACUACCCCGCCGAGCCCGCGCUGCACCUGCUGCUGGCGGCGGCGCUGGCGGGCGGCGGCAAUGCGAGCGAGGCGGCCGGCUGGCGGGCGCUGGCGGCGCAGCAGCUGCACUACCUGCUGGGAGCUAACCCGCAGGGUUUCAGCCUGAUCAGCGGUCUGGGUGCCCGGCGCUACCAGAAUGUGGUGGAUGAGGAGAGCGUGUACGACGACAUUGACCCCGCCUGGCCUGGUCAGUCCGUCGGCCUGGCCUCGGGCUUCAGUUGGAUCAACAGCUACGGCUCGGCGCUGGGAGCGGCCUUCCCGCCCGGCAUCGACUACCCCGCGCUGCACCGCAUCAGCGACGUCUUCAACGUCAACACCGAGUUCACGGUGCCCAUUCUGGCGAUGACGCUGGGGGCGGUGGUGGCGCUGGCGGGGGAUGCUGCCAGGACGCCCCUGCCCCCGCCGCCCAACAUAACACUGGAGCUGUCCACGAGCUCGGGACCCGCACCGCUCAGCGUCGCCUUCUCGCUGUUUAUCCAAGGUGACCCGCGGGUCGUUGCCACCGUGGAGUACGACUUUGGCGACGGCGGCCACUCCUACCAGGCCAACCCGGUGCACGUGUACGGCGAGGCGGGGCGGGCGCUGUACGGCAGUGUCACGGUGGUGGACCGGGCAGGGCAGGCGGUCAGCAAGAGCUUCACCGUCUUCACCUGCUGGCCCGAGGGGUCCGACCCCGCGCCGCCCCCUCCCUCGGGGCUGCUGCUGGCUGCCCGGGUGGCACAUGAGGCGGACCCCACCGCCUGGGGAGGCCCCCUGCCGCCGCUGCUGCUGGCAACCUCGCUGGCGGAGGGACCUGACGACGGCGGGGCCAGUGUGGCUGCCACCGCCAGCGGCACCAUCGUCGCCUCCUCCGCCAACCUGGCCUGGCAGGGCGUGCAGCCCGCCUGGCAGGGUGCCGCGCUGCGGCCGGUGCGGUACGAGGACACCGCCACCUACACCCUGCUGCCCGCUGCGGGGGCUACUGCGGGAGUUGCAAGUACUGCUACUGCGGGUGCUACUGCGGGUGCGAGUGCCGCUACUGCGGGUCAGGUGCUGCUGGGCGCUGCCUCGGGCGGGCUGGUGCUGGAGGCUUGGCUGUACGUGGAGAAGUUCCUGAGCUACGGCCGCGGCAACACGCCCCUGCUGGGGAUCAAGCAGGGCACCAACCGCUUCUUCGGGCUGCAGGGCACCAUCUGGAGUGGCAACAUGCUGGUGGCCGGGCAGCAGACCCUCGCCAAUGACACGUUGCUGGCACCCCGCCUCACACUCGGCCGCUGGCACCACCUCAAGCUCUCAGCCACCUCAGCCAACGCCUCCACCUCCACCUCCUCCAACACCUCCUCCUCUGCCGGCAGUGGGCAGGCUCAGGGCCAGGCGCAGGCGUUCUGUCGGGCCUGGGUGGACGGUGUGUUGGUGGCGCGGGUGGCCGGGUGCAGCUCGGAGGAGGUGUUUCGGUACUGCGGGGCGGCAGCGGGACCGCUGCAGCUGAUAGUGGGCUCGUUCAAAGGCUACGUGGACGGCCUGCGUGUGUACGCCUCUCCAGACGGCGACCUCGACCGCCUCUGCGGCCCACGGCCUCCUCCGCCCCCGCCUCCCCGCCCUCCUCCGCCUCCCGCGCCCGACAACCGCUUCUAUACCGUCACCCCCGACCGCGGCACGCUAGCACUGCUGGACUCGGACUCCGCAUGCGGCCUGACGGGUAGGGCCCUGGCGGCGGCGAUACCGCUGCGGCUGUUCAGCGGCGGAGCACCCUCCGGCAUCGUGCUGCUGCCCAACACCACCACCUACGCAGCCGGCCUCUCCGCCAGUCCUGAUGGGGUACCUGCGAGCAACAACAGCAGCAACAGCAGCAGCAGCAGCAGCCAGGCGGGAGAGGUGGGAAACACGCAGUGGAUGCAGCAGCCCGCGGGUUGCAGCCUGCGAUUGGGCAGCCAGGCGGUCCGCAAUGGCAGCUCGGGACUGGCUUGGGAGCUGCCGGGAAGCAUCCUGGCAGCUGCGCGGGCGGCAGGGGAGUUUGCCAUCGACGCCAAGAUCUUUGUGGAGGCCUGGCGCACAGGGUACUCGCUCUGGAACGCGGACGUGCUGGGGAUCUCGACCAACUGGGAUGCCUAUUUCAAGAUCUCGUACGACAUGUGGACCCAUGCGAGGGUGCUGCUGUCCACCCCAGCUACAACCACCACAGCUGCUGCCAGCAGCAACAGCAGCACCAGCAGCAUUAGCGCCCUUCAGGCUUUCGCGGGUGUGUUACUGAACACCAGCCAGCUGGAGGCUGCGCUGAGUGCGGGGUGCUGGCACCAUGUGGCACUGACGGCGAACGCAUCGGGUUGUGCGCUGGCGGUAGAUGGUGUGGAGCUGGUGGCGGCGGCGGGCUGCAACGCCACGAGGCUGCUUCCCAAGCCGGCGGGCAGGGCGGUACUGGCGGUGGGGGGCGUGCGGGGCUGGGUGGACGAGCUAAGAGUGUCGGCGGUGUGGCGGCGAACGCAGCGGCCGGGGGACUUCCAAUGGUCGCCGCCGCCUCCACCACCCCCGCCGCCUCCACCGCUACUGCCCUCGCCGCCGUCACCUCCACGACCCCCGGCACCGCGGCCUCCCCCGCCGCCGCCUGUCCCGAAGCCUCGAUCACCCUCACCGCCGCCACCCCGGCCCCCGCUGCCGCCACCGCCCCGCCCACCCCCACCUCGGCCGCCGCCACAAUCCCUCUCCUCUCCGCCCCCCAAGCCUCUCCCACCUACUCCCCCACGGCCUUCAACUUCCCCCCCUCCCCCUCCGCCCCGACCACCACCUCGCCAACCACCCCAGCCCUCACCACCAUCCGCCCCUCAUCCACCCUCCCCCGCACCCCUGCCGCCGCCUCCCUCUCCAGCCCCCCCGCUGCCCCCACUGCCCCCCGCACUCAGCCUCCUGGACUCCACCACACUCCUGCUGCUGGGCCCUAGCGCCACUAGCUGCUCUGCUGCCAACAUCACCACCAACAACAACGCCGCCGCAACGAAUGCCAUCGCUGCCGCCUACCUGCUAAGCAACUCCAGUUCCGCGCUGCUCGCUGAGAGGUACUCGGGCGGUAUGUCAGCUGGCGUGCUGGCGCCCUCCACGGUGGGCAGCCCGGUGCUGCUGUCAGCGCUGGGAGGCGUGGGGCAGCCUCCCUCCUUCGCGGGCCACUCGGGCGGCUGCGUGUUGUGGCUCAACCACAGCUCCUGCGGCUCGUGCGCCUACGUCAAGUACGAGGUCUCCACGGCAGCUAUGGCGGCCGUCAAGGCAGCAGGUGCCAUGACCAUUGACGCCAAGCUGUGGGUGACCAAGUGGGUCAACUACGCCAUUGAUAACUCCGACCCCUUGCUGGGAUGGCAGCAAGCUUGGGACCGCUACUUUAAGCUCACCAGCGACAAAUACCAGAUGGUUCGGGCGCUGGUCAGUGCUCCCAGCACCGUCACCACGCAGCAGGGUUUGUACGGCGGAGAAUUCGUCAAGUGGCCGCUGCUCAACCCCGCUCUGUCUCCCGGCGCCUGGCACCAUGUGGCCCUGACCGUCAACAGCAGCGCCUGCGGGCUGUAUGUGGACGGAGCGCUCAUGAACGGUACCACCGUGCCCUGCAACGUCACCGCCAUGGCUAACUGGGGGAGCGUGGCGACAGUAACGGUGGGCGGCUUCCAGGGCUAUGUGGCGGACCUGCGGCUGUCCGCGGGCUGGGGAGUGACGUCACGGCCUGUACCCCUCAACUGAGUAGUAAGGAGCCCGUUGGGGCUUUGGGGUGUCUUUGCGGUAUCUGUAAUCAACAAGGUUCCUGUACCAUACACGCUGGGCCGCUAGGUUUCAAUGAACACAUCGGCAGUAGUAAUGCUUAUGCUGUGAAGUUAUGGUGUAUGGUUGUCUGGGCUUCAGGUGGGGGAAAUUCAAAGGAGACGGAAUCCAAAGACGCUGCCGACGUACGGCAGGGGGGAGACGCAUGCUACCCUGUACCAUUGGAGUCGUAAGCGUGCCGUGGCUUGCAGCACUCGGUAUAUCGCCGGACUGCUGCUGAUAUGUUUCGGCGUUGUGAAUGCGAUGAAAGCGGUUGAACUGGGCGUUCCUAUUGGUUCUCAAGCUGCUUCUGUGAAUGCAGUUAUCAGAUUGUGCUCGCUUGGGCUCGUGAAAUGCGUGCACGUGUGUGAUAACAGGCGCGAACAAGGUGCCAUCUGAUUUAGGCAGGGAGUUUGUGUGUGCGUGCGAAAAUCGUACAGACAUUCAUUGCUGUCGAAAGGGACUUCCCGGCCCUGCAUCACUUACAAGUAUACACCAAAAAUGUUGCUCCAGACUGGCUUUAUAGCGAUGCCAGCAGCUUACGAUGUAAUGGUAUUACGGCGGACUCGAUGCAGAUGGUGCCUCUAUUGUGGCCCAUGGGUCUUCGUUGUGUUUGUGACGUUACCGUUGCAUGUCUACCGUAUGGCAAGGAUGACCAUGUGCCUCAAGUGUCCUGUCCUCCUCGUUGCAGUCGGGGACAUCACGGAUGAUGUACAUCCGUACACCCAUCACUGUCUCGAGCCCCGCGUACGACACACAUCGCC